AUGUGUACUUUCAACGCGAGAACAGUGUCCACAGACGCUGACCUGCAUGCCCUUCUCGGAGCUGCAGAGCGUAUCAAAUUUCACGUGAUUGCUCUGCAGGAGACCAAGUGCACAAGGAGCGACGUACGACAGAUGAAUGGCGGUACACUCGUCAUUCGUGAAGAGAAGGUUCCGUCGCGAAAUGUAGGCGGUGUUGGUUUCGUUGUGCACCCAUCUGUCGUCCAUCUCGUCGAUUCUCACGAGACCCUGUCACCUCGUCUGGCCAUUCUUCGCCUCCGCCCUCUGCGCCAAAAAUCCAUCAGUAUCAUCAACUGCUAUUCACCAACAUCAGCAGCUGAUGAUUCCGAAUUGGACGCGUUUUACGAGGAGCUGGAGAAAGUGAUCCGCAACGAGAAGUCCUUCUACAAAUUCGUUAUCAGAGACUUCAAUGGAAAACCAGGAAAGGCUACAGAAGAGGGAUAUAGGAUCAGGGACACGGAUGAAAUUGGCAGUAGCCUCGCCGGGCUGUUGUCCGCCGCUCGCCUCUUUCAAAGGAAUUCUCUUUUCAUGAGGAAAAAUCAUCCUCGGUGGACAUAG